CUUUUUUCUUUGAAUAUUUUAUCAAGAUUAAGUGACGAGCGAGCAAAAUGGAAGAUCGCGACAAUGAUUGAGGGCCGACGGCUCCUGAUCGCGGUCAACGUCCUUGCCGGUCUAGCAAUUUUCUUCUUCGGCUACGAUCAAGGUAUGAUGGGUGGAGUAAAUGACUCCCCUGCAUACGUACGCCGGAUGGGAUUGGGAUACCAAGAAAAUGGAUCAAUCACCGUUACAAAUACUCUACUACAAGGAGGUAUUGUCUCUGUCUACUAUCUCGGGACAUUGAUUGGAUGCUUCAUGGGUGGCUAUGUCAGUGAUAAAUUGGGUCGAAUCAAGUCCCUGGGGUUUGGUGCUGCAUGGGGUAUUAUCGGUGCCGCCCUUCAAUGCACAGCAAUGAACCCCACCUGGAUGAUUGUGUCUCGACUGAUCAAUGGCGUCGGAACUGGCAUACUGAAUGCGACCGUCCCAGUCUAUGGCUCUGAACUUGCCGACUACGAGACUCGUGGAAUGUUUAUCGCCAUGGAAUUCACACUCAACAUCGUCGGCGUCGUUGUGGCAUACUGGCUAGGCUUUGGACUGAGCUACAUCGACAAUGGCCAGUCAGAAUUCCAGUGGAGAUUCCCAAUUGCGUUCCAAAUUAUCAUGUUGCUUCUUCUUCUUACUGGAUGCUGGUUCUUCCCGGAAUCUCCCCGUUGGCUGUGCAUGAUGGGACGUCGUGAGGAAGCGCUUUACAUCCUCAAGCGCAUUCGGGGCACUGCAAAUGAACGUGCGGCAAUCCUCGAAAUGCGAGAAAUCGAAGCUAUCGUUGAGCUAGAGAAGGAAUCCGAGGGAAACAUCACCUACUUCGAUAUGUUGCUUGGUACCGGCAAUGAGGAUUUGCACAUAGCACGCAGAGUGCAGCUUGUGAUCUGGCUACAGAUUCUACAGAGCUGGACCGGCAUUGCCGGCGUGACUAUGUAUGCACCGACAAUUUUCAAAAUUGCAGGUUUCGAUUCUCAAAAGACAAUGUGGAUCUCAGGAUUGAACAACAUUUUUUACUCAUUUGCAACUCUUCUUUGCGUUUUUACUCUUGAUCGAAUCGGCCGUCGGUGGACGCUCUGGUGGGGUGCGGCAGGACAAGCCAUUGCCAUGUUCCUCGCAGGAGGUCUCGCUCGAGGUGGAUUGGAUCACCCGGAUAAUCAAGGGCCUUGGGGUAUUGCAGCCACAUCAAUGGUGUACCUUUAUACGUUCAUCUUCGGCGCUACUUGGCUCACCGUCCCGUGGCUCUAUCCCGCUGAGAUAUUUCCCUUGAAGGUUCGAGCGAAGGGAAAUGCAUGGGGUGUUGUUGGCUGGAGUUUAGGCAAUGGAUCCCUUACUUUAGCUCUUCCUUAUAUCUUUGGAGCCAUUGGAGAGAACACUCUUCACGUGUUUGGUGCUGUGAAUCUUAUCAGUAUCCCGAUUGUAUGGGCCUUCUACCCAGAGUCAAGCCAACGCACCUUAGAGGAGAUUGACUUACUUUUUGCCGCUAACUCCCCUUGGGCCUGGAAAGCCGAGUCUAACUUCAAGAUACUGAAAGCUGAAAAUCCAGCUAUUGGUGGUGCUCGUGGCCGAAAUAGCAUUUUGGAAGCAGAGAAAGGACUUGAAAAUGGAUUCAAUCCGGAAACCGAACAUGACGAGACUGUGUCAAGCCGCUAG